AACGGUUCUCGAAAACCCAUCAGCAUCACCUCUUUAAAGCGACCCAUGUCGCGUCCCCUACAAAACUUGCACAAGCACCCCGAAGCCGGAAGUGGUUUUGCCCCUAAAAAACAUGGCGGAAAGCUUUCUCGUCUCCAAGGGAACACCACGUAGGGUGCGAAAAGUGGCGAGGGAAUUGCUCUGCGCACGCGCAGAGGCACACGCCACCGGAAGUGAUGUGCCCUCGCCGAGGCGGUUGGUUUACUACGCGUGCGCAGUCGGAACUUCCGGCAGCUGUGAGGCAUCAAUGGUGGAGAAGAAAACUUCGGUUCGCUCCCAGGACCCCGGGCAGCGGCGGGUGCUGGACCGGGCGGCCCGGCAGCGCCGCAUCAACAGGCAGCUCGAGGCCUUGGAGAAUGACAACUUCCAGGACGACCCCCACGCCGGGCUCCCGCAGCUGGGCAAGAGGCUGCCUCAGUUUGAUGACGAUGCCGACACCGGAAAGAAAAAGAAGAAAACUCGCGGUGAUCAUUUUAAACUUCGCUUCCGGAAAAACUUCCAGGCCCUGCUGGAGGAGCAGAACUUGAGUGUGGCCGAGGGCCCCAACUACCUGACCGCCUGCGCGGGGCCCCCGUCCCGGCCCCAGCGCCCUUUCUGUGCUGUGUGUGGCUUCCCCUCCCCCUACACCUGCGUCAGCUGCGGGGCCCGGUACUGCACCGUGCGCUGUCUGGGCACCCACCAGGAGACCAGGUGUCUGAAGUGGACCGUGUGAGCCAGGAAGGGGCUCCGAACCGCAGCACCAAAGGAGGGGCUCCCCCUGGAUGGAGGGACUCUCCGCCCACCUUGAAGGGUGGGUCCCACUCAGCACUGGGGGGUGGGGAGCCUGCAGAGGCUGCUCUAAUAAAAGGCCGAGCACUGUCA